AUGGUGGAUAACUACCAGGAAUGUGCUUUCACCUGUCACCUCAGCUCCCCUACAGCAUCCCCCUGCAGCAUCCCCCCUACAGCAUCCCCCCUGCAGCAGCUCCCCUACAGCAUCCCCCUGCAGCAUCCCCCUACAGCAUCCCCCCGCAGCAGCUCCCCUACAGCAUCCCCCUGCAGCAGCUCCCCCUGCAGCAGCUCCCCACAGCAUCCCCCUGCAGCAGCUCCCCUACAGCAUCCCCUGCAGCAGCUCCCCUACAGCAUCCCCCUGCAGCAGCUCCCCUACAGCAUCCCCCUGCAGCAGUUCCCCUACAGCAUCCCCCUGCAGCAGCUCCCCUACAGCAUCCCCCCUUCCACUGGCUCCCUUACAGCAUUCCCCCUGCAGCAGCUCCCUACAGCAUCCCCCCUGCAGCAGCUCCCCUACAGCAUCCCCCUACAGCAGCUCCCCUACAGCAUCCCCCUGCAGCAGCUCCCCUACAGCAUCCCCCCUGCAGCAGCUCCCCUACAGCAUCCCCCUGCAGCAGCCCCCUACAGCAUCCCCCCUGCAGCAGCCCCCUACAGCAUCCCCCUGCAGCAGCUCCCCUACAGCAUCCCCCUGCAGCAGCCCCCUACAGCAUCCCCCUGCAGCAGCUCCCCUACAGCAUCCCCCUGCAGCAGCUCCCCUACAGCAUCCCCCUGCAGCAGCUCCCCUACAGCAUCCCCCUUCCACUGGCUCCCUUACAGCAUUCCCCUGCAGCAGCUCCCCUACAGCAUCCCCCCUGCAGCAGCUCCCCUACAGCAUCCCCCUACAGCAGCUCCCCUACAGCAUCCCCCUGCAGCAGCUCCCCACAGCAUCCCCCUGCAGCAGCAGCAUCCCCCUUCCACUGGCUUCCUUACAGCAUUCCCCCUGCAGCAGCUCCCCUACAGCAUCCCCCCCCAGCAGCCCCCCCAGCAGCAGCCCCCUACAGCAUCCCCCUGCACAGCCCCCUGCAGCAUCCCCCUGCAGCAGCCCCCUGCAGCAUCCCCCUACAGCAGCCCCCUACAGAAUCCCCCUACAGCAGCCCCCUACAGAAUCACCCCUACAGAAUCACCCCUACAGAAUCACCCCUACAGCAGCCCCCUACAGCAGCCCCAUAGCAGCAGCCCCCUACAGAAUCCCCCUACAGCAGCCCCCUACAGCAUCCCCCCUGCAGCAGCCCCCUACAGAAUCCCCCCCCUGCAGCAGCCCCACUGCAGCAGCCCCCUACAGCAUCCCCCUUCCACUGGCAUCCCCCUACAGCAGCCCCCUACAGCAUCCCCCUGCAGCAUCCCCCUACAGCAGCUCCACUGCAGCAGCCCCCUACAGCAGCCCCCUUCAGAAGCCCCCUACAGCAGCCCCCCGACAGCAGCCCCCUACAGAAUCCCCCUACAGAAUCCCCCUACAGCAGCCCCCUACAGAAUCCCCCUACAGCAGCCACCCUACAGAAUCACCCCCCAGCAGCCCCCUAUAGCAGCCCCCUCCCCAGCAGCCCCCUACAGAAUCCCCCUACAGCAGCCCCCUACAGAAUCCCCCCAGCAGCAUCCCCCUACAGCAGCCCCCUACAGCAGCCCCCUGCAGCAGCAGCCCCCUACAGAAUCCCCCCUACAGCAGCCCCCUACAGAAUCCCCCUCCACAGCAGCCCCCUACAGCCUACAGAAUCCCCCUACAGCAGCCCCCUACAGCAGCCCCCUACAGAAUCCCCCUACAGCAGCCCCCUACAGAAUCCCCCUACAGAAUCCCCCUACAGCAGCCCCCUACAGAAUCCCCCAGCAGCAGAAUCCCCCUACAGCAGCCCCCUACAGAAUCACCCCUACAGCAGCCCCCUACAGCAGCCCCCUACAGAAUCACCCCUACUGCAGCCCCCUACAGAAUCCCCCUACAGCAGCCCCCUACAGAAUCCCCCUGCAGCAUCCCCACUGCAGCAGCCCCCUGCACAGCACAGCAGCCCCCUGCAGCAUCCCCCUGCAGCAUCCCCCUACAGCAUCCCCCUUCCACUGGCUCCCUUACAGCAUUCCCCCUGCAGCAGCCCCCUGCAGCAUCCCCCUACAGCAGCUCCACUGCAGCAGCCCCCUACAGCAGCCCCCUACAGAAUCCCCCUACAGCAGCCCCCCUACAGAAUCCCCCUACAACAGCCCCCUACAGAAUCCCCCUACAGCAGCCCCCUACAGAAUCCCCCUACAGCAGCCCCCUAUAGCAGCCACCCUACAGCAGCCCCCUACAGAAUCCCCCUACAGCAGCCCCCUACAGAAUCCCCCCUACAGCAGCCCCCUACAGAAUCCCCCUACAGCAGCCCCCUACAGAAUCCCCCUACAGCAGCCCCCUACAGAAUCCAGCAGCCCCCUACAGAAUCCCCCUACAGCAGCCCCCUACAGAAUCCCCCUACAGCAGCCCCCUACAGAAUCCCCCUACAGCAGCCCCCUACAGCAGCCCCCCCCUACAGAAUCCCCCUACAGCAGCCCCCUACAGAAUCCCCCUACAGCAGCCCCCUACAGAAUCCCCCUACAGCAGCCCCCUACAGAAUCCCCCUACAGCAGCCCCCUACAGCAGCCCCCUACAGCAGCCCCCCAGAACUACAGCAGCCCCCUACAGAAUCCCCCUACAGCAGCCCCCUACAGAAUCCCCCUACAGCAGCCCCCUACAGAAUCCCCCUACAGCAGCCCCCUACAGCAGCCCCGUUGCAGCACUUGUGCACCAAGAGAAAGGAAUGAAUUCAACUUCACAUAG